GUGAGUUUGCCCUGCACCACGCCUUGCUUGGGGUUGAGGGGGAGAGAGAAGGGUGCCUGGGGGCUGCCUCUGGGGGAAAGGAACCCAGGAUUCCCUAGGACAUUUUUGGGUGAUGAGCUAUACGUUGCCACUUGUUACCUUGCUCAUGGGACUUCUGUUAUCCAGAACCAUGGCUUGGACCUCGACCGGGAAGACACACGCUGAGCUGCUCAACAACCUUUACAAAAAUGGUGUGAUUAAGUCUCAGCGUGUUUUUGAUGUGUUAGUGGCCACAGACAGAGCUCAUUAUAUCAAGUAUUUCCCUUAUAUGGAUUCUCCUCAGUCAAUUGGGUACAAGGCUACAAUAAGUGCACCUCACAUGCAUGCUCAUGCCCUUGAGUUACUGAAGGAGCAGUUAGUGGAAGGAGCAAAAGCCCUGGAUGUAGGGUCAGGAAGUGGAUACCUUACAGCCUGCUUUGCUAGGAUGGUGGGCCCAACAGGGAAAGCAGUGGGCAUUGAACACAUUGAAGAGCUGGUUCAUGAAUCCAUCAGAAAUGUCAGGGAAGAUGAUCCAACUUUGCUGAGUUCUGGACGAGUAAAACUUAUAGUUGGGGAUGGCAGGAAGGGGUAUCCAGAAGAAGCUCCUUAUGAUGCCAUCCAUGUUGGAGCAGCUGCCCCCACAGUGCCAAAGGCGUUACUCAGUGAGCUGAAACCCGGAGGACGACUCAUCCUGCCAGUUGGGCCCGAGGGUGGAAACCAGGUUAUGAUGCAGUAUGACAAGACUAAAGACGGUCAGAUUGUGGAAAAGCAACUGAUGGGAGUGAUAUAUGUUCCUCUGACAGACAAGGAGAAACAGUGGCCUCGGGGUGAACUUUAAAAGACUUAAGUCUGUAGAGGAUAUUUGGAAAGCCUAUGAGAACUAUGUUUGCAAGGAAUAGGAAUUCACACGCUGUACGUGCUAAUACAGUGUUCUGCUUUUUUGAAUUGACUCUUUGCAUUUGAGGUAGCAUCAAUAUUUGGGAGAAAUUAAGAAAUCUCUCUUUCAGGCUAACAAUGGACUCAAUAUCUAACUUCAAGAACUGCAGUUUGGAAACUAAACAACAUGAUAGGCUCACAGUCAAGAACUAGCAUUAGUCUGGCUUUUCUACUUCAUAGACUACAAAUAAGCUCUUGUGUUCGCAAGAGUAAAAAAGGUAGUUGUGCUAGGCUUCUGUGUGCCCUUUUAUAAAUAAGGAAGCAGUCCUUAUCUAGUUUCCUGAUACCCUGAGGAAAUCUUUUUGCAUGGUCUUCUAUUGGUGAAAACAACAUACAGGAUGUAACUUGUACUUUAACAAUUUAAUCUAAUAAAAACAAGUUAAAUCAUG